CGAACGCGCUGGAAUCAUGUGACCGGCGGCCUGGGGUUCCCGCGCGGGAGGGCUUUCCGGUGAGCGCGGAGCGGAGGCGCGAGCUGGGUGGUUUCCAUGGAAACGCUGCUGUCGUUCCUGCUCCUUUUCCUGGCGCCGCUGUUGCUGCCGCCGGCCGGCGCCGCUCCCGCUGCCCAGGCAGCAGGGCCCAGCCUGGAGGAGCGGUUCUUCCAGCAGGUGCGGGACCACUUCAGCUUUGAGACGUGUGGCAAUGACACCUUCCCACAGCGGUACCUGGUCUCAGCAUCUCCUGGCUGCAUCACCAGCAGCAUGGCCAGCAGGUGCAGGAAGGUAAUUCUUCCCCUCUACUCCACUCUGAUGAGAACCCCCUGCAGCGCUGCGUCCAGCUCCAGGAUCCUCAGCACUGAAAAGUUCUGGAAGAAAGGAUCUGGACCUAUAUUUUUCUAUACUGGCAAUGAAGGUGACAUCUGGACUUUUGCUCAGAACUCUGGCUUUAUAUUUGAGUUAGCAGAGGAACAGCAAGCACUUGUGAUUUUUGCUGAGCAUAGGUACUAUGGGAAGUCUCUUCCGUUUGGACUUGAGUCAACACAUCUGAGGAAGACUGGCCUGCUUACUGUGGAACAAGCUCUCGCUGACUAUGCAGUGCUAAUUACUGAGCUUAAGCAGCAGUACGGUGCUGCAGACUGCCCUGUCAUUGCUUUUGGAGGAAGCUAUGGAGGAAUGCUAAGCGCUUACAUGAGGAUGAAAUACCCAAACCUUGUGGCCGGAGCAUUAGCUGCCAGUGCUCCUCUGUUGUCUGUGGCUGGGCUUGGAGACCCCACCCAGUUCUUCAGAGAUGUAACAGCAAAUUUUCAGAAGUCAAGCCCAGGCUGUGUCACAGCUGUCCGCAAAGCCUUCCAGCAGAUUAAGGAUCUGUGCCUGAGUGGAGCCUACAAUGAGAUCAGCAGCAAAAUGGCCACAUGCAAUAAGAUCUCUAACAAGGAGGAUGUCUACCAGCUUUUUGGGUUUGCUAGAAAUGCCUUCACCAUGAUGGCCAUGAUGGACUACCCUUACAAAACCGAUUUCAUGGGUCACCUUCCUGCCAAUCCAGUGAAGGUUGGCUGUGAACAAAUCCUUGCCCACACAGACCCAAUUCAAGGCCUUGCUGCUCUUGUUGGGGUGUUUUACAACUCCUCUGGCUCAGCACAGUGUUACGACUUAUACCAGCUGUACCAGUCCUGCGCUGACCCCACGGGCUGCGGCAUUGGCUCGGAUGCUGAGGCCUGGGACUACCAGGUUUGCACUGAGAUCAACUUAACUUUCGACAGCAACAACGUGACUGACAUGUUCCCUGAGAUGCCCUUCACAGAAGCCAUGCGAGAGCAGUACUGUCAGAGCAAGUGGCGUGUGAGGCCACGAGCACACUGGCUGCAGACAAACUUCUGGGGAGGAGACCUGAAAAGUGCAAGCAACAUCAUUUUUUCAAAUGGAGACUUGGACCCAUGGGCUGGAGGUGGGAUAAAUAGCAGCCUCAGUCCUUCACUAAUUGCACUGACCAUUAAAGGAGGUGCUCAUCACCUAGAUCUCCGUUCCCUGGCUUGGCUUUCCUUGGGCAAGAGGCAAAGAGCUGCUGCCCACCAACUAGCUCACACUGCUCUGCCUUCUCUAGAGGACACAACCCAGCGGACCCCCCAUCCGUCACAGAGGUGCGCAGGCUUGAAGGGAGCAUCAUCAAUGGCUGGGUGAAAUCUGCAGGGAUGGAGAGAGCAUGGGAGAAGCCCUUGGCAGCUUCAGCUGGCAGGCGGCUGUGAAUGCACAGCCUCCGGCGAGGCUGCCACCAGGAUACAGAAAGACAGUAGCCCGCUGAGCUGUGCCUGUGCUGUUUGAGAAAGCGUUAUCUCCUCUGUCGUGACAGUGGAAAUUCACCUUUCUGAAGUGUCCCACCUGCCCCUAAUCAAGAAUCAAAAUAAAAGCAAAAGGCCAAAUGCCUGACACCAAAA